AUGAACUCUCAUGCAUUCGCAGCGCUUGCACAUAUUCCAAUCCUUGUCUUCCCAGUGGGCCCAAUACCCCGUGCUGCCUUUGAGAAGUAUGCGGCAGAAAUCAGGACGUUCGAUUCAAUUCGCUUAGGCGACAUACCUGCUGGCAUGAAGGAUGAGCGAGCUCGUUUCAUGCCAAAUCCACUUUCCAGUGGUUAUCUAUAUCUGAGCUACCCAUCCCAUCCCCCUCCUCCUCGCCAUAUGUCGCUGUCUCUGUUCCGACCGUCUCACUUCACGCUAGGGAUAAUUGGUGUCGCCGCGUGUUCAUCCUCAUAUUCCCUUGCUUCUGCUCUUGAGCAAUUCGAGAAUACUGUGCUUGACAUCUUUCCGGAAGGCUCGACAUUUCCUCUUGCCAAAGUCUGCCUGGCCUUUGAGGAUGAAGAAAGUGCUGGGAGUACUGGUCUCGGAGAUACGUUACCUGGGAUUGUUUCGAUUCCGAGCGUGAUGGGGAACAAGAAACUUUAUAUUGGUACUCUGCUUGCUGAUUUGUGCUCUCACAUUCUAGCUGAACUUGGUCGUGUGUAUCAUGUUCUCGAGAGUCCCAUAGGAAAUGAGUAUCUGAAUUCUGCUCUUUUCCCGACACUCCCUUCUCCCUCUGAGAUGCCGCUUUCUCUCAGUUCCGGAAAUCUUGGAUAUCCUUCGUACUCGAGCCAGCCUGAACUCGAAUCAUCGGGCCUGGCGAUGUCAGGUAUUCAGAUCAAGCGCAGCUCGACUGCUGGACCUGGUAUCAGUCAUACGGCAUCCCUUAUUCAACGGCAAACUAUACUUGGUCCUCCAGCGGUUAGGAAACGCAUCAGUGCGGUCGGUGCCGUUUCGUCACAUGGUAGACUUUAUAAGGUUCUUGGCGAUUUCUUCCUGCUGGCUGGUAGGACAGAGGAUGCAUCGUUGUGGUAUGCAGAAGCUAUUGUGCUGUUCAAGACCGGGCAGGAUCCUGUAUGGCAUGGCUCCGUGUUAGAAGGGAUGGCAACGGUUUUUGUUCUAGAUGCAUGGUCGGCUGGCCAAGGCCUGCAAUCCUCUGUUAGCAACAACGGCAUCAAGGAACCUUGGGCCGACAUAUAUGAUCAACUGUCUCAAGCUAUAGCUCUCUAUCACAAGGCUCCUGCGCCUUCUGAGCCUAGCCAGGAUCAUUCACUUUUGGCCCUGACAUACUGCACAGCUGUUAUGCGCCAAACAUCACUCCUUUUCUGCACCUGGUCUACCAAGGGAUGGGGUGCAUUAGCUUUUGCUUCAAUGCUACAACCAGCGUCGACCUCAUAUACGCAGAAGACAACAUCUGAUAACUCCUGGACAAAUCUGGAGCGCAUAAGUAUCGUGUCAGGCGUGUCUCGUUCACAGAUAGCAAACACCGUGUCGCAAGCUCACGGACCAUGGUUACUGCAUCUUGGUCCUCAUGAGCGGCUCAACAUUUUGCAAUCUAUGGCGACCAUUUAUUCAUCCCUUGGAUACAAGCGGAAGGAAGCCUUCAUUCUGCGCGAAGUCAUCAGUUGCAUCAUGGAUCUCAUUGUUUGUGGCCGGGAAGAAAAUGACCUUUCACGGAAAUCUGACGUUGGAAGCGCAAACACAGGCAAUCGCUCCGAGAAUGGUGACGAAGUGAGCGCAGUUGGGAAGGGGGCUGUUGGUGUGCGACAAAAUGAGAUCCUGGAAGGCAAUCAGAGCAUCCUGAAACUCCUCGUCCGUGCCUGCAAGGUCCUUGGUGUUGAUCUGGAAGCGGUCGGCGUGGCAACGGCAACAGACGGCAAUAGCAGCGAAGCAGGGGGUAGAGACAGUAACGGCUUUGCUGUGGAGGACUUAGAGGGCUUGGCAGAUGCGGCAAGGGAAUCUUUCGGGUGGCCAGAACUUCAAGUUGGAGUUAUUCGCGAGGCCAUUGCUGUGGCAGAGGCCCUUCCCGAUCCGCUCGCUGUAGCGCGAAUAUCACUCUCUGCGUUGAGAACAAUGCAUUCCGUGUUGGCCAGUAGUGAUCAAUACCAUCUGUACCAAACUGCUGGACGUGCUCUUGCUGCUAUGCGUCGGCGCGGUGACGCACCUGCAGUCGAGUACUGGGCCGGGAACCCUAUCAUGAGUCUUGCAUUAUUGCCGUUGGCCUUGCACCGCCUGCCAAUUGAAAAUCCAUUCUCUAUAUUGACUGCAAAAUCAUCUGCCACGAAUUCUCUGCUUAGCGGGAUCAUUGACCCUUUCCUAUAUAACCCCAGGAAAUCAUCAGGUCCACAGAGCAAAAACUUGAUUGUCCAAGAUGAACCUAUUGAGCUCACAAUCACCUUGCGAAAUCCUUAUGUGUUCGACCUGGAAAUCCAAAGUAUUUCGCUCAGCACAACUGGUGUGGAAUUUGAAUCCAGUCCUGUCUCAGCACUCGUCAUUCCUCCCAACACCCUCUAUUCAAUUACCAUCAUCGGCACUGCGAAAACGCGAGGAACUUUGGUUUUCCGAGGAUGCAUUGUUCAAGCCCCUUGGGGAGCUCCAAGAGAAUUUCUAUUACCUGUCCCGACUGAUGCCGAUCAGAAUCUUUUUGCACGCCGUCAAAGUGCUGUGAGAUGCGAAAGCGGUCGCACCAAGUAUUGGGGCCUCGACUCUCUGCCAUGGGAGAAGGAUGGGAGGCGACUCAGUACCUUACUCCCAUCCCUCAAAAAUCCACCUCAAUUCCUACAAUGUGUCGUUGUUCCUGAGCAACCCCUCCUCCGAAUCAGAUGGACGUCGUUAACACACGGAGCAGUCAUGCUGUACAACGGCGAAGAAUCAACCAUUCGCUUAACUUUGGAGAAUAUUUCCGCAUUGCCGAUUGAUUUCAUUCGGUUAUCUUUUGAAGACUCCACCAUUGGUCCCGCACAGGAAGCUCUGUCUGAAGGAGAACUUUCUGUCUUCGAAACAUAUGAGACAGAAUACGAUCUUCUGCACCGAAAGGCAUUUUCAUGGCGCAAUGAGAAGGAGAUCACCAACAUUUUGCCAAACCAAAAGGUAGUUCUUUCUGUGACCUGCGUAGGGAAAGUUGGUUGUGCACAUGGCACCGUUCACAUAUCAUAUUCCCAGGUCAAUCGAGACCACGAGGAACAGGUGCCCGUACCCGAGGUGUUCUACACUCGACAGUUAUCAUAUCCGGUGACAGUGACUGUUUACCAUAUGCUGGAGUGCCAUGAUAUGAGACUCAUGCCAAUGAUUGAUGUGGACUAUGAUGACAUCAGUCGCCGGGCUAGCAAUUCCGCGAUACACCACCUUCCAGAGGUUGAUAAUCUGAAAGAAUGGUGCUUGUUUGCAAUUGACGUCCGCAACACAUAUGGGCUCCCAUUCGAAGUUACAUUCGAACGUGAACAAGCUGGAACGGAAAGUGCAGCUGUUUCAUCAACUGUUCCUCCAGGGUCAAUGUCGCGUAUCAUGCUUCCGGUUAAGAAGUUCAGGCUAUCAGAUGAUCAGAUUUCGCAACCUAUACCGACAUUAUCAGACCGUCAGUUCGUCGUCGGAAAGUCCAAGUUGUCAAUAGAAGAGGAACAAGCUCAACGAGAGUUAUUCUGGUAUCGUGAAGAACUCCUCAAGAUCGUGUCCGCUCGAUGGAAAGAGGUCAUCUAUUCUUCACUUAUCAUAUUUGUCGCUGAUAUUCAUUGGUUUAGACGAACUGGCGAUAGACAUGGAGAUCUCUCGCUGCGACAACAGCGGUUGACGCUCCCAAUGUUGAAGGCCUUGCGGACAGACGUGGUGCAAAUUGACUUGACGCUAAUAGUGGACAACCCAGACGGUUCACCCCAAGAACUCGAUUAUAGCGGAGGCAAAUACAUCGCCAGUCCAAACGAGAUGCUCUAUCUUCGCGUCGAGGUUGCCAAUUCAUCAUGUUCGCCAUUUCUCAAGAAUCUUUCCCACUCAGCUCGCUAA